CCUUUAAGGCAGAGAACUGGCCUGCGGGAGCGCGUUUCGCCCCCUCCGACGCCGCCGAGGUAGCGGCUUCACCUUUAAGGCGGCGCGGGGACUGCUGGGAAGGCCGGCGGGAUGGAGGCAGCUAGACAAGCUCACGGUCGCGGAUCCGGGUGAAGCGGGGCAGGAGCCGCAGCCGGAGACUGGCCCAAGCAGAAGGUGCAGGUUGGCGCGGGCCGGUUUGGCUGGGAGACCGAGUCAGACCCGACAGUGAGGAGCGGCUGCAGAAGACACGACCAUGGCUACGAUGGUGCUUCCGCGGGAGGAGAAGCUGAGCCAGGACGAGAUCGUGCUGGGUACCAAGGCUGUUAUCCAGGGUUUAGAGACCCUGCGCGGAGAGCAUCGUGCCCUGCUGGCUCCCCUGGCUUCUCAUGAGGCAAGCGAGGCCGAGCCAGGCUCGCAGGAGCGCUGCCUCCUCCUGCGCCGCUCCCUGGAGGCCAUCGAGCUGGGACUUGGGGAGGCUCAGGUGAUCCUGGCACUGUCAAGCCAUCUGGGGGCUGUGGAGUCAGAGAAGCAGAAGCUGCGGGCUCAGGUGCGGCGCCUGGUACAGGAGAACCAGUGGUUGCGUGAGGAGCUGGCAGGGACACAGCAGAAGCUGCAGCGCAGCGAACAGGCGGUGGCUCAGCUGGAGGAAGAGAAGCAGCACCUGUUAUUCAUGAGCCAGAUCCGCAAGCUGGAUGAGGAUGCUUCCCCAAAUGAGGAGAAGGGUGAUGUCCCCAGAGACUCCCUAGAUGACCUGUUUCCCAAUGAGGAUGAGCAGAGCCCAGCUCCCAGCCCUGGAGGAGGGGAUGUAGCUGCACAGCAUGGGGGCUAUGAAAUACCAGCACGACUCCGUACCCUCCACAAUCUGGUAAUCCAGUAUGCUUCACAAGGCCGCUAUGAGGUGGCCGUGCCCCUCUGCAAGCAGGCACUGGAGGAUUUGGAGAAAACGUCAGGCCAUGACCACCCUGACGUGGCCACUAUGCUGAACAUCCUGGCACUGGUUUAUCGGGACCAGAACAAGUACAAGGAUGCUGCACACCUCCUCAAUGAUGCCCUGGCUAUCCGGGAGAAGACACUGGGCAAGGACCACCCAGCUGUGGCUGCAACCCUGAACAAUCUGGCUGUUCUGUAUGGCAAGCGGGGCAAGUACAAAGAGGCUGAGCCACUGUGCAAGCGAGCACUGGAGAUCCGGGAGAAGGUCCUGGGCAAGUUUCACCCAGAUGUGGCCAAGCAGCUCAGCAACCUGGCCUUGCUGUGCCAGAACCAGGGCAAAGCUGAGGAGGUGGAAUACUACUACCGGCGGGCCCUGGAGAUCUAUGCUACACGCCUUGGACCAGAUGACCCCAAUGUGGCGAAGACCAAGAACAAUCUGGCUUCCUGCUACCUGAAACAGGGCAAGUACCAGGAUGCAGAGACCCUGUACAAGGAGAUCCUUACCCGUGCUCAUGAGAAGGAGUUUGGCUCUGUCAAUGGAGAGAACAAGCCCAUCUGGAUGCAUGCAGAGGAAAGGGAGGAGAGCAAGGAUAAGCGCCGGGACAGCGCCCCCUAUGGGGAAUAUGGCAGCUGGUACAAAGCCUGUAAGGUUGACAGUCCCACAGUCAACACCACUCUACGAAGCUUGGGGGCUUUGUACCGGCGCCAGGGCAAGCUGGAAGCUGCACAUACACUGGAAGAUUGUGCCAGCCGUAGCCGCAAGCAGGGCCUGGAUCCUGCCAGCCAGACCAAGGUGGUAGAACUCCUAAAAGAUGGUAGUGGUGGACGAGGAGACCACCGUGGCAGCCGAGAUGUGUCUGGGGGUGCUGGGCCCCGGUCUGAGUCUGACCUGGAGGAGUCAGGGCCUGCAGCUGAGUGGAGUGGGGACGGCAGUGGCUCUCUGCGGCGCAGUGGCUCCUUUGGGAAGCUCAGGGAUGCCCUGAGACGGAGCAGUGAGAUGUUGGUCAGGAAGCUGCAGGGGGGUGGCCCGCAGGAGCCCCCUAAUUCUAGGAUGAAGAGGGCUAGCUCUCUCAACUUCCUUAACAAGAGUGUGGAAGAGCCAGUUCAGCCUGGAGGCACAGGUCUUUCCGACAGUCGCACCUUGAGCUCCAGCUCCAUGGACCUCUCCCGAAGAAGCUCCCUCGUGGGCUAAAGUUGAAGGGGCAGCCAGUCGCCAGAGCCUUCAUCUGACACGAUCCCUUACCCCAGCCCUGCGCAUGGGCCUGCUGCUUGUCCUGCCUGCCCUCCCAAGGACCCCUGUCUUUUCUGUUCAAACUCAGGGUAACCUCUUCCCUUGUCAUCUCAGCCCUCAGCCAGGGCCCUUGGUAGCCGGGUCGGCCGGCUCCAACUCUGUUCCUUAUUUAUUCCUUCCAGCAGGGGGCCUCUCUUCCCUACAUUCAGGGCCUGUGGGAGUGGUGGCCUGCCUACCCAACCCCCCCAAAGCCAAGAACACUAAGUACUUGCUGUCCCUCAGCAUCUUUGCCCCCCCCCCCCAACUUCCGGCCGUUGCUUCUGUAUAUAGAGAAAUAAGUUAUUUGGCCGUGUCAUCCUCAGUCGUCCCCCUUUAGUCCACGGUAUUCCCGGGCCGCCACCUGCCUCUCCCUUCUCCAGUGGUACCGCCCAGGCCUUAAAUCACCCCCGUUCCGAGUGGUGGUAUAUCCCAAGCUCCAAGUUCUAGGAGCAGAGCCUCCGAAAGGGUUCCCCGACCUCCUUGCCAUCCUGGUCUUGGGGGGGAUGUGCUCUACCCAACCUUGCAGAUGCCCGGACUCCCAUACCACCGGGCCUUGUGUUGACUCCCGGACUUAUGCACCGUCCUUCCCACCCAGCUCCGCCCAGGCAUGGCCUGACCCCGCCCUGGGCACGGCCGGCUGAGCCAUCCUGCCACGCCUUUCUUGCCUCAGCUUCUCCUGUACCCUCCACACACCCCCGCAGUAGGAGGGGCUACCCUAUUCGUUGGGCGAGGCAGUCGCUCUCUAUUUUCAGAUGUUGCUGUAGAAAUAAAGACGAUUUGAAUCUGA